AUGAAACAAUUAACUAAAGGACCUAUACAAAUAUUUUUUUUGUUUUCUUCAUUACAAUACUCAGAGAUGAGUGGAAAACUGAAGGACUGCGUUUGUUUGGUAACGGGAGCUACACGAGGUAUCGGGAAAGGGAUUGCAGUUGAGUUGGGUCAAGCUGGAGCUACUGUUUAUAUUACUGGACGAACAUUAAAGUCAGAUGGGAAUGACAUCGGAGGUUCUUUGGAGGAAACAGAGGAAGCCAUAAACAGUAGGGGUGGCAGAUGCAUACCUGUGGUUGUUGAUCACACAAAUGAUGACCAGAUUGCGAAACUAUUCGAAAGGAUUGAUCGUGAACAAAACGGACGUCUCGAUAUCUUGGUUAACAAUGCUUACAGUGCUGUUGGUUUUCUCUUGAAGAAUGUGGAUAAACCUUACUAUGAGAUUGAGAGCAAAUCACCUGGUGAAGCUUGGGAUAUAGUAAACAGUGUCGGUUUGAGAAAUAACUAUAUUUGUUGUGUUUUGGCCACAAAGUUAAUGAUCAGGUACCAAGAAAAGAUGAAAUCAGAAGGUCUUACAACUAAUCAGUGUAGACCGGGAUUAAUAGUGAAUGUCUCAUCGAUUGGUGCGAGAGUGUAUUUUUUCAACGUUCCAUAUGGAGCAGGUAAAGCUGGACUGGAUCGUAUGACCACUGAUAUGGCUUACGAUUUAAAACGUUCCAAGGCCAAUAUAUGUAUCGUCACAUUAUGGCCGGGUCCAGUACGUACAGAGACUGUUGUAUCUCAGGCAGUUGGAGGAACUUUACAACUUGGUGAAAAUAUAGUAUUCAAUCAUGAAACUGCUGAAUCACCCCAAUUAUCUGGCAGAGUGAUUGUUGCACUAGCGAACGAAAGACCAGACAAAUUAUUUUCACGGGCUGGCAAAGUCAUCCUCACGUGUGAUGUAGCUGACGAAUACGAUAUACGAGAACCAGAUGGCCGGAAACCAACUAAUUUACGCUCACUACAACUUGCUGUUAAAUUCCAGUGUCCUGUGCUCAGCUAUUUUAUUCCAAGUUUUUUUCGUAUUCCACUUAGUUUAGUAACAUAUUUUCUUGGUCGUAAAUAA